CAGGCUGCUAGAAGCCAGGUACCCCCACGCCUGCAGUCCCCGCGCCGUCCCCGGUAUGCGAGCUGGACGCAGGGCUCUACCAAGUUCCCACCGAGCCGAAUAAAAAGCGUCCUACCGCUGCUCUCCGCCAAAGACGGACACUGACUCCAGGACUCCACAGAAUGGAGCAAGAAUGAGAGGAAAAAGGCCUGCAGAAAAGCAUGAACUGGAGGUUUGUUGAGCUCCUCUACUUCCUGUUUGUAUGGGGCCGUAUCUCAGUGCAGCCCUCCCACCAGGAGCCAGCUGGGACAGAUCAACAUGUCUCCAAGGAAUUUGAUUGGCUUAUUUCAGACAGGGGGCCUUUCCACCACUCCAGGAGCUAUCUAUCCUUUGUGGAAAGACACCGUCAAGGAUUUACAACCAGAUAUAAAAUAUACAGGGAGUUUGCCCGUUGGAAGGUGAGGAACACAGCCAUAGAGAGGAGAGACCUAGUCCGCUAUCCAGUGCCCCUCAUGCCGGAGUUUCAAAGGAGCAUCCGAUUGCUUGGCCGGAGACCUACCACUCAACAGUUCAUUGAUACCAUCAUUAAAAAAUACGGCACACACCUGCUCAUCUCUGCUACAUUGGGAGGAGAAGAAGCUUUGACCAUGUACAUGGACAAAAGUCGCCUUGAUCGGAAGUCAGGGAAUGCCACUCAAAGUGUUGAAGCUUUGCACCAGCUUGCAUCAUCCUAUUUCGUUGACCGUGAUGGCACUAUGAGAAGGCUUCAUGAGAUCCAGAUAUCAACUGGAGCAAUCAAGGUCACAGAGACGCGCACUGGGCCUCUGGGCUGUAACAGCUACGACAAUCUGGACUCUGUGAGUUCCGUCCUUCUACAAAGCACGGAAAGCAAACUGCACCUUCAAGGUCUUCAAAUAAUCUUCCCACAAUAUCUGCAAGAGAAGUUUGUUCAGUCGGCUCUGAGUUACAUCAUGUGCAAUGGUGAGGGAGAGUAUGUGUGUCAGAACAGCCAGUGUCGCUGCCAGUGUGCUGAGGAGUUCCCACAGUGCAACUGUCCUAUUACUGACAUCCAGAUCAUGGAGUUCACGCUGGCUAACAUGGCCAAGGCCUGGACUGAAGCUUACAAGGACUUGGAAAAUUCAGAUGAGUUUAAGUCAUUUAUGAAGCGUCUCCCAAGCAACCACUUCCUGACCAUUGGUAGCAUCCACCAGCACUGGGGUAAUGACUGGGAUCUACAGAGCCGUUACAAGCUCCUGCAGAGUGCCACUGAGGCUCAGAGGCAGAAGAUCCAACGAACAGCCCGCAAGCUCUUUGGUCUCAGCGUGCGUUGCCGCCACAAUCCCAACCACCAGCUGCCUAGAGAGAGGACAAUUCAGCAGUGGCUUGCAAGAGUCCAGUCACUUCUCUACUGCAAUGAGAACGGGUUCUGGGGAACCUUCCUGGAGAGCCAGAGGAGUUGUGUGUGCCAUGGUAGUACCACACUGUGCCAGCGCCCCAUCCCAUGCAUCAUAGGUGGGAACAACAGCUGUGCCAUGUGCAGCCUGGCAAACAUCUCCCUCUGUGGCUCCUGCAAUAAGGGCUACAAGCUAUACAGAGGCCGCUGUGAACCACAGAACGUGGACUCUGAGCGGAGUGAGCAGUUCAUCAGCUUUGAGACCGACCUCGACUUCCAGGACUUGGAACUCAAGUACUUGUUGCAGAAGAUGGACUCACGCCUCUAUGUUCACACUACCUUUAUCAGCAAUGAGAUUCGCCUUGAUACAUUCUUUGACCCUCGGUGGCGCAAGCGCAUGUCUCUCACUCUCAAGAGCAACAAGAACCGCAUGGACUUCAUCCACAUGGUGAUUGGCAUGUCCAUGCGUAUCUGCCAGAUGCGCAACAGCAGCCUGGACCCCAUGUUCUUUGUCUAUGUUAAUCCUUUCAGUGGCAGCCAUUCAGAGGGCUGGAACAUGCCCUUUGGGGAAUUUGGCUAUCCGCGUUGGGAGAAGAUCCGUCUGCAAAACAGCCAAUGCUACAACUGGACUCUCUUGCUGGGUAAUCGGUGGAAAACUUUUUUUGAGACUGUCCAUAUUUACCUGCGUAGUCGGACUCGGCUACCCACCCUACGUAAUGACACCGGCCAGGGCCCCGUGGACCUGUCGGAUCCCUCCAAGAGGCAAUUCUACAUUAAGAUAUCCGAUGUGCAGGUGUUCGGGUACAGCCUGAGGUUCAAUGCUGACCUCCUUCGAAGUGCCGUGCAACAAGUGAAUCAGUCCUACACACAGGGUGGUCAGUUCUAUUCCUCUUCAUCCGUGAUGCUCCUCAUGUUGGACAUUCGGGACCGAAUUAAUCGCUUGGCCCCUCCUGUGGCCCCAGGAAAACCCCAGCUGGACUUGUUUUCCUGUAUGUUGAAGCACCGCCUGAAGCUGACUAACAGUGAGAUUAUCAGGGUGAACCAUGCCUUGGACCUCUACAACACUGAGAUCCUCAAACAGUCUGACCAGAUGACAGCCAAACUCUGCUAACCCGGGACCCUUUGCUGUGGACUUUCCCUUUCUGUUGUACACAUACAACAGAAUAACACAAAGCAAAACAAA